AAUCAAACACCUGACAUGACAGGAAACUUGAAAAACUGUCAAAACAUUUUCAACGUUAUUAGAAACAUAAAAUUUCAGUAAACUCUCCAAAAUAAUGAAGAACAAUGAAUUAUAUUUUGAAGAAACAUUCCCAAUUCAUAAAAAAUGUGGCUGUGUCUUUGCAAACGGACAGUAACCCUUUCACUUGCCUGCCCAGUAUUUUAUUUUUGACGUGUAUGUUCAUAGUUUUGUACCUGCAGUUUCAUCAGCACACGAACACUUUCACAAGGUGGAAAUCUCGAUUGUAUAGGGAUGUCGUGUUUCACUGGGUCUAUUUUUACAUAACGAGAAUAUGGCUUCUUUUUCUGAAAUUCGGAAAAUUUUUAGUGGCAACUCUGGACGAAUAUAUAGAGGAAACCAGCCCCAAGGAAGAAAUUAUCAUAAAUCAGACUCUAACGCAUGCGUGCGUGUUCAUGGUAACUUUAACUGUUUCUAUAAUACCUGCCCUUAUUUUGAGCGCCCAACAAAUCUACAGAAGACACAUACCAAACUUCCUGAUGUGGGUUGGAGAAGAUCGUUGGACAAGGAGUGAGAUUGGAACCUCUGGGCACUAUUUGGAGAGACCAGCUCACGUCGCAACGUCUUACAAGAGUAAUUACUCGAGCGCAUACCGAUCUAAAAGAUCGACUAGUUUCGAUUCAGAUAUAUUUUCCUCCAAAGGUUCAUCGGCGUUGAGGCCUUGCAAGUCCCUGAUGACGGUUAAUGUUGUCAAAACAAUCGAUGAUCUGUCUAUAUAACUAGAAUUGUCUGUGUGUAAUAUAUGAUGAUUACUCAUAAGGAGCAUUUAAAA